AUGCUCCGCCACCUCCAGCUCUCCCUCACUGAUUACCAGGGAAACCAGGAGGUCCUCAAGGGCGGCGCCGAUGCUCUCACUUUCGUUCGCUUCGACUCGCUGUCCACCCCGUGGUCCGCGCCACCCCUCCAUAACCUCGUCGACCUCCGCUGGCUCUGGUACCAAACCAGGCUCCAGUACGAGCAAUUCCGGAGUGUCACCUCCCCGUCGCCCAAUAUCCGUGCGCUCAUUCUCCGGGGCACAUCCAUCCACCUCCACGCUGGCCGCGCGUACCCGCCGCUGCACAUCCCCACGCUCCGCUACCUCGAGCUCUCCGGCGAAACAGCAUGCAAGAUGUCGUCCCUGUUCGAGACCCCGAACAUUCAGGCGCUCACGUUCGCGAAUCUCGAUGAGGCCGAGUUCCGCGAGUUUGUCGCGCCCCUCUGCCUCUGCACCGACACCUCCGCAACAGCAUCUGCCUCCCCCUCCUGA